GCGUUUUUCCCAAAUCUCUCUGAAUUGUCGUCACUCAAACUGUAAAUGUUACGAACACAGCCACCGGAACCGGUCGUCAACGGUUUAUCGGACGAUCGACAUGGAAGUGUUUUUGGCGCGGUGAAACGAGCUAUUGUGAUCGGAAACGGCUGCGCCGGCGCGGAGAAUCAGUGCAUCGGCCUUAUUCGAUCCUUAGGCCUCUUCGAUCGCCACCUCUAUUAUAGUGUCACUAGGCCAAAAGGUGGAAUCAAUAGAUACCUUCAAUGGCUUCCUAUAUUUCUCUACAAAAGAAUUCAUCGUUUUAUCAGCAGUAUCUGUGCCGGAUUCUCCAUAAACGCUAUUGGAAUCAUGGAUGAUCUUGAUGUAGCUGAUGCGAAGCAGAUUGCUACUAUGGCUCGUAGUACGUUUGAUAAGUAUGGAGCGUUGUUAGUGGUGGCAUCUGGUAGUGAUACUAUAUCUGUUGCAAGCUCCAUAAGACGACUAGCUAUGGAAAAUGUCUUUGUUGUCCAGGUGCAACAUCCAAGGUCACGUCUCGAGAGAUUUGAUCUAGUGAUCACACCUCGUCAUGAUUAUUAUCUUUUAACACCUGAAGGGAAGAGGCAGAUUCCUUUCUUUCUUCGGCCAUGGGUAACUCCACGUGAACCUCCAGGUAGAAAUGUGUUUCUCACUACUGGAGCUCUUCAUAACAUUGACGCUUCUACUCUGAGAAAUGCUAGUUUGGAAUGGCAGGACGAGUUUGCUUCACUGUCAAAACCUUUGGUUGUAGUUAAUAUUGGAGGACCUACAAGAAACUGUUUGUAUGGUGUUGAUCUUUCGAAGAAUUUGUGUGCCAUGCUUCAGAGUAUCCUCUGGAGCUGUGGAAGCCUAAGAAUAUCUUUCUCAAGAAGAACACCGAAGAAGGUUGCAGACAUUAUAACUAGAGAACUGAGCUCUAACUCUAAGGUCUACAUUUGGGAUGGAAAAGACCCUAAUCCGCAUUUGGGACAUCUUGCUUUAGCCGAUACUUUUGUCAUAACUGCUGACUCUAUAAGUAUGUUGAGUGAGGCAUGUAGUACCGGGAAACCCAUUUAUGUUGUGGGGGCUGAACGGUGUACAUGGAAAUUUUCUGACUUCCAGAAGACUCUCCAUGAAAGAGGGGCUGUUCGACCAUUAACCGGCAAAGAAGAUCUUGUAUGGAUUUCACUUUAUAUGACAAGAUGCGUGAGAAGUGGAGCUACUGUCCUCUUAACGAUAAUGCAGAAGCUGCGAGGCGCGUGAUUCAAGAUCUGGCAAAGCGUGGCUGGAAAAUUGAGACAUGACCCUUCUUUGAGUUCUUUCCCUCCACAAGUUUUCUAGCGUAGCUAAAUUUUUACCAUAGAAUACAGUUAUUUUUUUCCUCGGUGGAAGCUUAGUGCGCUAGUCGAACUCAAAGUCAUAUACUUAGCUCAUUGUUUGGAUUACUAGCGAUUGAAUUUUGUUAGUUCUUUUUGUUUUAUCCGUUUGGAUGUAUUUGGAUCUACUGAUUAGUUGGAAUAAAGUUUGAAAACUUUUUACAUA